GGAGCCGCUGCAAAGUCAGCGCAAGCAGGGACGUGCGGGCCGGGAGGGAAGACUCUUGGAAACAUAGCUUUGGCCUGGGGACUCUGCAGCCGUUUGGGAUUUCCAAAGGGUUGUUAGAAGCCGGCGCAGCAGCGUGAAGGGCCUCAGCCCAGGGCCCGCCGGGACUGAACCCUCUGCCCUGCAGCUCUUGGGAACGGAGGAGCCCAAAACCCAACUUCACCGUUCACAAGUAUGCUCUUUUAAAAAAAGGACAGAGGAGUAAAUCAACACCCAGAGUUGCAGCACCACACUCUCCUGGUGAAGAACAAGUUGGAGCCAGUAGGUGGCAAGGUCACCAUUCUUAUCCACGUGAGCACACAUGGCUCUGUUACGAAAAGUUAACCAGGUAUUGCUGUUCCUUCUGAUCGUGACCCUUUGUGUGAUUCUGUAUAAGAAAGUUCAUAAGGAGACUGUGCCCAAGAAUGAAGCAGAUGAUGACGCUGAGACUCCUGAAGAACCGGAAGAGGAGAUCCCCGUGGUGAUCUGUGCCGCGGCGGGAAGGAUGGGAGCUGCCAUGGCUGCUAUCAAUAGCAUCUACAGCAACACCGACGCCAACAUUUUAUUCUAUGUCGUCGGACUCCGGAACACUCUGACUCGAAUCCGAAAAUGGAUCGAACAUUCUAAACUCAAAGAGAUAAACUUCAAAAUCGUGGAAUUCAACCCUGUGGUCCUCAAAGGGAAGAUCAGACCAGACUCCGCGAGGCCUGAACUGCUCCAGCCUCUGAACUUUGUUCGAUUUUAUCUCCCUCUGCUUAUCCACCAACACGAGAAAGUCAUCUAUUUGGACGAUGAUGUAAUUGUACAAGGUGACAUCCAAGAACUGUAUGACACCACCUUGGCCCUGGGCCACGCGGCAGCUUUCUCCGACGACUGUGAUUUGCCCUCGGCUCAGGAUAUGAACAGAAUUGUGGGACUGCAGAACACGUACAUGGGCUAUCUGGACUACCGGAAGAAGGCUAUAAAGGACCUUGGCAUCAGCCCCAGCACCUGCUCUUUCAAUCCAGGUGUGAUCGUUGCCAACAUGACAGAAUGGAAGCAGCAGCGUAUCACCAAGCAACUGGAGAAGUGGAUGCAAAAAAAUGUCGAGGAAAACCUGUACAGCAGCUCCCUGGGAGGAGGGGUGGCCACCUCCCCGAUGCUGAUUGUGUUCCACGGAAAAUACUCCACCAUCAACCCCCUGUGGCACAUACGGCACCUGGGUUGGAACCCAGAUACCAGAUAUUCAGAGCACUUUCUGCAGGAAGCUAAGUUACUCCACUGGAAUGGAAGACAUAAGCCUUGGGACUUCCCUAGCGUUCACAACGACUUGUGGGAAAGCUGGUUUGUCCCUGACCCUGCAGGGGUAUUUAAACUCAAUCACAAUAGUUGAUGUGAUGUAACACUUCAAGUAUCUGCUGUGUAAAAAUGUGGAACUGUCUGUGGCCUACCAUACCAUUCUCCUUUAUGGGCAGUACCUUCGAUAUGCAUGAGCCACAGUACAAAAAAACAGAAACCACUGUGUGCAAACGGUAUUAUGCUUUGCACCAUAUAGGAUUGAUUUACUUCAAGAGAAUGUGAGUGGUCAUUAUGGAAAUGGAAGAUUUUGUGAACGAAAUACAUCACUGGAAAGAAAUAAACCCAUCUAGAUAUCAACAAUCAGCUUGCUAAAUACUAAAUGACAGUUAUGUCUACAAAUUUUUAAAAUUUCUAAAUGCAUUUCUCACAUGCAAGUUCUUAUGUUUUAAAUGUUGCUGGUCUUAUCUUUUACAGAAUUAUCAAAUUUAAGACGCAAUGUGUGAAAAAAUAAAAUAUUCACAGAUUUUUA